CAAGUGAUUGUCUACUGAAGUCUAUAGAGUAUGUGUGAAAUAUAUUAACAACAGGAGGGAAUGUUGAAAGAUUUUAUGUUUUAUGUGUUUUUAUUCGUUGUUUUAUUAUCUUUUAAUAUUCAAGCAUAUUGUAAAGUGUAAUAUAAUAGAACUUAACAAAACUUCCCCCCAAAUCAAUUCAAUUAACAAAACUCAACAUAACAUGGCUCUGGUGACACAGCUCACCUCUCCUCUCUCCUGCAUCUGGUAGAGACUGGCUUUAAAUAGGGCCAUCAAUUUCCCUCCAAUUACCCAGCCAGUACCACUCACUCAACUGAGGGAUGUAAAACUCUACACAAAUGAUUUAAAAACACAAAACCUCUACACACGUCUAAUAUGCACAUUUACACAACUAAAUGGCAAUAUUAACAAAAGGAAAAACAUUCAACAAAUUCCUUUAAACCUUAACACAAACAAAAGGAAGCAUCUCUAUGGAAAAAGAAACCCCUCCACUUGGUUUGACCCGCUGAUGUCAUGUGUGACAUCAUCAGGAUUUUAAAAUGAGGAAAUGCCAGGCGGGCGUUUCCCCACACCUGACCCUCAUGAAAACUGAAAAGACAAACAAACAUCCCUGCCAACUUAAUCCCUGACACUGAAGAUGUCUGGAAACCAAAGCAACACAAGUCAAAGCCAUUGUAUUCCUGAAGACAACAGCUUGAUCUUCACUCUAGUUCCACCCUACAUCCUGGUCAUCAGCGUGCUUGGAAUCAUCUUUAAUGUGUUUGUGCUGAUGGUUUUCUGCCUCCACAAGAAGGCCUGCACUGUGACUGAGAUAUACCUGAGCCACCUGGCUUUAGCUGAUCUUGCUCUGGUGUUCUGUUUGCCGUUCUGGUCUGAUUAUGCAAGAAUUUCCUAUGACUGGCCUUUCAGUGAAAGCCUGUGCAAAGUGUCAUCAGCUGUUAUAUCCAUGAAUCCGUUCUGCAACAUUUACUUCCUUGUUAUGGUUAGCAUAGAUCGUUAUGUGGCACUGGUGCACCCGCUUUCCCAUGAGAGGAUAUGCAGCCCGUUUUAUGCCAAACUGGGAUGUCUGUUUGUGUGGGUUUUUGGCUUGGUCUUUGCUCUCCCCAUAUUCAUCUACAGGAAAUUAACAUUCAACCCUCAGUCAAAUCUUACUCACUGUUCACUUAACUUCACUUCACCAGAUCAAUAUCUGAUGUAUGAGGUGAGAGUCAUAAUAUUCAGCUUCAUCAUCCCUGUUAUCAUUAUUUUGUUCUGCACUGUCAAAAUUAUUCAAACUCUGAGAAAGAGGCGAAUGGAGGUUUUAAACAUUCAGAAAACGGAUCAGAAGGCCACCACUCUCAUCCUGGCAGUUCUGCUGGCAUUCCUGAUCUGGUGGGUGCCAUUCCACGUGACAAAGAUACUAGAUGUGCUCCGAUACACUCGCAUUCUGAAAUGUCACAUCACACUGAUCAUCGCCCAACAGGUCUCUGUGUACUUUGCCUUCUUCAACAGUGUCCUUAACCCCAUUCUCUACGUCAUCGUUGGAAAAAGCUUCCGGAACAGAACAAAGGAAUUCUUCAAGCAGUGAAAAAAGCCUUAAAGGUAGAAUAAUUAACUGGCAAUUAUUUAUCCAAGCAUUAGGAGCCUUUGCUUUCAGAUAUAAAUUCUUACAUUGGCGGCGUAAUGUGUGAUCUUAGAGAGAAGACGCUAUAGCAGCUUCCAUAACUUAACAAACAUAGUCUGUGAGAAGGUUUUUAAACUAAGUUGUCUGUUUGGGUUUUUGUUCUGUUUUUCAUUAUUAUAUGAUUGUGUUUCUGCCACUGAUGCAUAUCAUCCAAAUAGGAUUAUUAGAGUCGUGGCUAUCAUACUAGGUGACUUACCUGGGAGCAGAGUGUGUAAAUCUAUGUGUGACCUGCAUAAAGCUGACAGCUACCAUCUGGGCAACUGACAGGCACCACUGUUUUGUUGUUUUGGGUUUUUUUUUUAAUAUCUUCUUCUUAAAAUUUCUUCUUCUAAAUUCUUGG